AUGUCUGAUUUUGUAUUAAUAAAAACAUGUCAGAGUUCAAAUGUGUCAAAAGAACUUCAUUUGAUCAUCGUCGACAUUUUAUUUGACAUCAUAACAAAGAAACUUUCAAUCAAUCCCAACAAUUACCAGAAUUCAAACCUUUCAUUUGAGCCGAAGAGAAAAAGUAGAGAGAAAGGAUGA